AUGAUACGUGACCAGGUGCUCUCAGAGUACUCGAUUCAUCAUGCCUCUGUAAGUUUAUUGAAUUUGUUCUUAUGCGAUUCUAUCGCGCAUACUAAUGCCUUGAGCAGUCACCUACUCGGCAAGAAGUCAUGGAACGUCUACAAUCCCGAGAACAUCGCCCGUGUACGGCGUGAUGAGGCAGAGGCCAAGGCCCGGGAGGAGGAAGAGGAACGUCGCAUGCAAGAAAUUGAUGCUGAGCGCAGAAUCCAGAUCCUCCGCGGCGAACAGCACUCUACCCCACCGCCCCCGCCGUCUGCUCUAUCAGAUACCCGACGCGACAGGACGCAUGGAGAGGAUGCUGGUAGAUAUAGAAAGAGGAGGCGACUGGCAGGUGAGAAUGAUACUGAUCGGGAUAUUAGACUCGCGAGGGAAGAUGCUCAGUUGAUGAUGGCGAAAAAGGAGGAGCUCGCUGUGUCCAAGAAGACCAGCGAUGCGCCGCUUUUAGACAGUAAAGGGCAUAUCAAUUUAUUUCCUUCUGAGGCAGCGCAGCAGCCAGUGGAAAAGAACAAAGAGGCGGAGAAGGAAGCAGCUGACAGGAACCGGAGUUAUGAGGACCAAUACACGAUGCGCUUCUCGAAUGCGGCGGGGUAUCGCCAGUCUGCUGGCCAAAUGCCUUGGUACUCUUCCUCCAGUCGUGAUGCUUUGGCGCCUGAUGCUAUGCCUGAAAAGGAUGUUUGGGGUAAUGAGGAUCCGAUGAGACAGGAGAGGGAGAAAGCCCGGCUAGAUGCCAACGAUCCACUUAUGGCGAUAAAGAGGGGAGUUCGCCAGUUGAAGUCGGUCGAACUUGAACGUAAAAAGUGGAAUCAGGAGAGAAAGAGAGAAUUAGAUUCACUGAAAGAGGCAGAAAGACAUCGGUCGCGUCAUCGCAGAAGGAGAUCAAGGUCAAGAUCAAAAGCGUCGGACUCUGGGGACAGUCUUGAGAACUUCAGCCUUGACGCACCUGACAAACAUCAGGAUAGGAAACACAGGAGCUCACACCGACAUCGCUCGCAUCGCCGUGAAAGAAGUCGCAGCCGUUCUCGCGAUCAUUUUUGCGAACAAUCCCGGAAGCGACACCGUCACUCCCAUUCCCACUCCCAUUCGCACCGUCAUCGUGAUCACCAUGAUCGAGGGGGCGUUUGCGAGGUGCAGUCGCCCAGACGCCAUGUGUAA